GGGGGGGAGAGAUAAGCAAAAUGAUAGGAUCUCUUGGAGCCUGUGGGGUUUUGAAACAUGAACCCAAUGUAAUAAUCAAAAGGAGGAGGAAAGCCAAGUUGCUUUAAUAUUUUGCUUCCCCGCCCUUUUAUUUUCUUUCGGUAUGAGCUAGACUAACUAAGGCGCUACAUCUUGAUGACUGCUAUCACAACUCAAGCUUCUGCUCGACGUUCCUAUUUUUUCCCCCCGCCUCCAGUGUGUUGGAUCGCAAGGAUGAACCCACUGCCGGCUAUCAGAACAGAAGUGAGGCGAAAGCUGCGACUCCCGGUCACGUCUCUUUUUUUCUAGCUCUAAGGGCUGCCGCGAUUAUGGAGCCGCUGGCGGAAGUGAGGCAGACUCUUCCGGAUAAGGGGCGAAAGGCCGUGGCUUUCGGAAGAGGGGGAGCUGCGCAUGCGUACGUGGUGGCGGGCCUCGGGCCCUGGGCGGGGGUGGGGGAAGAGCGGGACGGAUGUCGGCGCCGUUCGAAGAGCGGAGCGGGCUGGUGCCGUGCGCCACCCCUUGGGGCCGCUGGUACCAGACCAUGGAGGAGGUCUUCGUGGAGGUGGACGUGCCGGAGGGGACCCGGGCGAGGGACGUGCAGUGCAGCCUGAAGAGCCGGCAUCUCUCGCUGACGGUGGUGGGCAAGGAGGUCCUGAAGGGUAAACUCUUUGAUUCCACAAUAGCUGAUGAAGCAACAUGGACACUAGAGGACAACAAACUUAUACGAAUUGUCUUGACAAAAACUAAUCGUCAUGCUGGAAACUGUUGGAGUUCUCUGCUGGAAAACGAAUAUGCUGCUGAUCCUUGGGUCCAGGAUCAAAUGCAAAGGAAACUUACACUGGAAAGGUUCCAACGUGAGAACCCUGGAUUUGACUUUAGUGGAGCAGAAAUUUCUGGAAACUACAGCAAAGGAGGACCAGACUUCUCAAGUCUUGAGAGAUAGCUGUGCUUUUUAGCUGCAUUUUUUUAAACUAAAGCAAAAGUAGUAUGAAGGAAUCUGAUAGAUAACUCAUUGGUGACUUAUCUUUGGAAUGGCUUACUGCUUUUUCUGAAAAGCUUGGAAUGAUCAAAUAAUAAAGGUUUUUAUUUAAGUUGUGCUAAAAUAGUAAUGAAAAAAUUAACACCAGACCUAUAUAUAAAAUCAUUGUUACUGCUUGAAACAGCCAGCAUAAAACUUAACUGUGUUUUGUUAUACUAGCAAUAAUUUAUUUUGAGAACUGCUGGCUGCCUACGUCUUUGGAAGAAGAUUCCAUUACUUACAUUUUCCUGCAUGUCACUUGGGUCAGGAUGGUACAAUGUAUUUUGAAAUCAUAGUGUUGUCCAUUUUAGAUGUCCUGCGCUGUUCCAUAAACAGUUGGAUAAUUUAGAACAGACAAAAAUUGUACUCCUAGAUCCAAUAACGCUGAAGUGUGAGGGAUGGUGCCUAUGGUUUGUGCCAAACUUACCUGUAAUUCGAUUCUGAAUGAGAAGGGGUAUUGCCUCUCCUAGUUUAUGCUGAUGGGAGUUGCAAUCAACUAAUUGAAGGCCUGCCCAUUCCUUAGCCCUAUUGUAGGGCUAGUGCCCUCCACAUAUUUUGGGCCAUAGUUUCCUUUAUCUUAUAAAAUUGGUCAUGCCUGCUAGCACUUUGGGGAGAUGUAAGCUAAGACAGCUAGUUGGCGCUGGGUUGCCUAUAUUCCCAGGGCCUUCAAUUCAAUUAAAGGCUUGUGUUGGAUCACUUGUUCAAGUCCAUGGAUAUGUUUAAACCAGUUUGGUUCUGGAUGCCUGGGGCUUCAGACACAGCCAACACCCUUUGUUCUCUCAACCACAGAAUGCCACCCUCAGUACUAUGUUACAAACUGCUUUUUAACACAUGGAAAGUUUUGGAAGCAGUUCCCCACAUAGCUUUAUAUUAGAGAUGGGCACAAACCUAAGUUCAGAGACUUGUGCCAGUUUGCAUGUUUGCCACAUUCCCUUCCUCCACCUUCCCGGCCAAUGACCCACUCACCAACCAGUGCACACUCCUCCUUGUCCCAGUGGGUGAUCAGCCAAGGAGGCAGGGAGGGAAGCCUGUGCUGCUGGAGACUGGUUGAACAUCCAAAGAGGAGGAAACACGUGCUGACUGGUGAGUGGGGGAAGAAUACCAACUGGCAUGAAUCUCAGAAUCAAGGUUCGUGCCCAUCUCUACUUUAUAUUUACCUCCCCCCCCCUCCUGCCCACUUUGAAAAACAGUGAUCAGGUUCUAAUGUGCACGCACAUUUGUGAUCCUUUGCUUCUAUUUGUACAUGUAAAUCUGUUAAAUUAUUACCUGAUCUUUAAAGUUUGGUUGUCAGACUCAGAAUACCAUAAUUCCUGUGCAGUUACAAAAUAAGUUAUAAUUGAGUCAGUUCCAAAGAAGUAGCCAUGUUAGUGUUUCAGCAUGUUGGCAAAAGAAAAGGCAAAAUAUUUCAGCAUUUUUAAAACUAACUGUCCUGUUUUUGGUUUCAGCUUUCAUGAAUCAUAAUCCACUUUCUCAGAUGACCAGGUGAAGAUACAGAUAACAGAUAAGGGCUUGAUAACCCAGGAAUGGGACUUUCAGGCUAUUAAUUAAGUUAGGUUAUGGAUUUCAGUAUGGCUGUUGUUGAAAAACAGAAUUAUGAAGGGAAACUUAAAAGGGAGAUAGGAGAACUUAGCUACAUAAACAAGUUUGGGUACCUAUCUAAGCACCUCAGUAUAGAUCACUUAGCAAACUGCCUAUAUUAAUCACCCAGAUUUAAUAUCUUACAGGUAUAAAACUCUUUUAUUUCCCUUGACUGACUCUGGUCUCUAUCCUAAGAACAUACCUUAAUGUUCCUGUGACAGCCAAGUCUGGCUGGCCUGCACCUUCUCAGGACCAAGACUAGAGAUGGGCAUUAACCUCGGUUCAGAGGUUUGUGUUGGUUUAGCACCAAGCCCACACAUUUUCCCCUCCCGCCUCCUCUGCGCACUCACCCAUUCCCCACAUGUUAUCUCUGUCUUCACCUGGCCAUCAAGAUGAACAUAAAUAUAAUCACUGUGUAUUUCCAUUUGUUUCUGUGAAGUACAUUUUGGUCCACAAAAAACACUGUUAAAGUGCUACAAUGUUAUGCCUUUAAAAAAAAAACCCAAUAUAACUUAAGCACAGCUGUGUAACUCAGGUUCUUCUUGUAUUUGUAUGUAUAUAGAAUGAGUUUAAUACAUUUCAGUUGUACUUUGAUUUCCUUCCUA